AGAAAAUCAAAAUCAUGGAACCAGUACCCGGUGCAGAGCCAUGUCUAUCGGAUGCCUCCAGCAUCUCGGCGUCGUCCGACGGGCCGCCGCGCAACUACGGAGAUGAGAAGAAGAUGGCCGCGAUAAGGAGAGAGAAAGGCGCGAUCGAAGGGUUUGAUGAUCAGCCGGAUAAAGAACCCCGGCAGUCGUGCCUUCUGCUCGAUCUCAAGCUCUCGAGCGAGGACAGUGCGAAGGUGGAACUCAACCUUUUCGACCCCCUGAACGGGGAGGGGAGCGAGUCGUCGAACGAGGGCGAGGGAAGCGGGCCCCGCCGGGACAAGCAACCCGAGACUAGGGUUUUCGCGUGCAACUUCUGCAAGAGGGAGUUCUCUACUUCGCAGGCGCUGGGAGGGCACCAGAACGCCCACAAGCAAGAGCGAGCCAUGGCGAAGAGGCGGCAAGGGAUGAUGGGGGCGGACUCCAUGGCGGGGCCUUUCGGGCACCAUCAUCCGCCCCUCUCAUCCUCAUACAAUAAUACUCCCCCGUUUUAUCCCUUUUCGGCAAAUUAUCCUCACCCUCUUUUGUACGGGACGGCCUUCAACAAGCCGUCCUCACUUGGUGUCAGGAUGAAUUCCAUGAUGCCGACAUCUCCCAGCUCUUUCCCGUGGUCAUCGUCGCCACCCGCCGGGUACCGGCUCGGGGACGGGCACCCUGAUGCUGUUGCAGGGUGGCCGUCCAAGUCGUUAGCUGCCGACGGGCACCCUGAUGCUGCAGGGUGGCCGUCUAGGGCGUUAGCCAUGAUGAACCGGCCGCAAUCCUCCUCCAAUGAUAGACUAAGAAUGAUGGAACGCCAGCAGGGUCCGUCGCACAACAACGGCUCAACUUUGGGUCCUGCAAGGCUAUCGUCGUCUGUUUCCGUGCUUGCGGCCAACAGAGCAACGAAUGACGGGGAGAUGAAUCUCUGGCCCCGACUCGAGAGCUCGGAAAACAAUGACGCGUCCGGCCUUGAUUUGAAUCUCAAACUUUAAUAAAUGUUCUUUGCAUGUUUAUGAUUUCCGAUUUUCUUGGUUGGUUAAAAGGAAUUUGGGGACCCGGCCAGCCGUCCCGGGUUGGGACAGCAUGUCGGCUCCAUUCGGGCUGUAUGUGCUCGGCAAUGGACGACUCAAAUUUUAUCCGGCCGAAUAAAUCUCAGCCUUCCAGUCAAGAUGAGAUUUGAGUCAUCCAUUGCCGGACAUGAACAACUCGGAUUGGGCAAACACGCAGCAUGCAUGCAUGCACCCCGGGUCCCGUUAAAAGGUUAAUUUGCUUCAA